AUGCCUACUCGCACAUCUACCCGCCAAGCGGCCGCAAAGGCAAACGAAGCAUUGCACCAGAGUGCGCAACAGGGGAAGAAGAAGUCCUCUGGGGCCGGCCAGAAGCGAAAGGAGCCGCCAAAGGAAAGCUCACCAGAACCUAAGCGUGAGAAACGAGUUGAAGAGAAAAUCAAUGUCGAUGGAGCUGAGAUCCGGGUGGUCCAUGAGCCUGAAAAACCAGAUGAGCAUAAUGGGAAUAAAAAUGAGCCAAAAGUUGGGUCAGAGACUGCCCAUCAGCCUUAUGUCGAAGAUGAAAAGGCGGAACAGGAGGAGAAAGAGCCUUCUGGCACCACAGAAGCCUCGACUGCACAGCAGAAACCGAAGACCAAAGGAUCAACAGAACGGGAGGGAGUUGUGCCAUCUAAUAUACUAGAAAAAGGCAUCAUCUACUUCUUCUUCAGGGGCAAAGUUGGUGUUGAUGAGCCAGAAGGCAUCUCCGAGGUUGCCCGUACUUUCAUCGUCCUUCGCCCUCAGCCCCAUGGCGCUGAUCUGAGCAACGGGCUUGUAGGGGGUGAAAACAAUUUCCGGCUAUUGAUGCUGCCGAAGAAGACGGUUCCCACAUCAAGCCGCGAGAAGUAUAUGGGCUUUGUCGAGAAGGCAGGCACCGAUUUAAAGACGCUGAAGCAGUCGUUCCUGGGCACCAAGUAUGAGACGAAGACGAAAGGCACGCAGCACUCGCCUACCGCGACACCGUUGGCUGAAGGUGUUUAUGCGAUAACUUCAACUAAGCGGACCUCCCACUUGGCGUACAUCAUCACUGUGCCGACGGAGGUAUCGGAAGUUCAAAAAGACUUUGGGCUCAGGGAGAGAGGCUCGUUCAUCGUGAGCUCGAAGAACCCGAAAUUCCCUGGUCCCUCGAGCGCAAGGCUGCCUAAACCACCAGACUACCCGCAAAGUGUCCAGGACGAUUUCCGUGACCUUCGCUGGGUGCCUCUCGAGCCGAAGUUUAUCGACUAUCCGAACGCGCAGUUCAUGAUGCUAGGAGAAGCACAAGGCCGCCUUGGAAAAGGAGGUUUGACUGAGGAAAAGGCGCCUGGACAGGAAAACGCAGGUGAGGAACUUGAGAACCUCGAGCAUGAAGAUGAGAUACGGGCCGAUUCGCUGGAAGCCCGCGCUGACAUGCCGCUGGACGAGGAGCCUUGCCACUAUGGAGCUGCAGCACUCGCAGCAGGCUGUCGUGAUGGACCGGUGCAUCGAUGGCAUUGGUGGGCGAGCUAUCGCGACAUGGAAUUGCCCGAAAACAAAGGGGGACAGCUUCCCAUCAUGGUGUCCUCUUUGAUCUAUACGCUGUGUGCUGUGUCGGGCCUUUUGGCCACUGUCAAUGGCUUGCCAAAGAGAGGCGGCCAUCAUGAGCGCGCAUUGCCCAUCGUGAAGGAGACCAAGUGUGGCUCCCAUACGUACCAGUACAAUGGCCUUGUCGGAUAUGGCAGCGUGCCAUCGAAUGCUGUCGACAAGUACGGAGAUACCCUGGGUGGAUUUGGUAGCUCUAUCGCCGUCGAGCAGGCGUCGUGGAAGAAGAACGCCGACGGCACCUAUGAGGGUGUUGCAUGGGCUGUGCCUGACCGUGGCUGGAACACUCAGGGCACUCUCAAUGUGCAAGGUCGCAUCCAGAAGCUCAGCCUGAAGCUGACGCUGGCCCCCAAUGCCACUGUCUCCAACCCAUCAGGUCCCAACUUGGAGAUCAAGCUCCUCGACACACUGCUUCUCACCGGCCCUGACGGCACCCCGGUGACUGGCCUGGAUGCCGACUUCUCAGGCAACGCCUCCUACCCUGGCUUCCCAGGCAUGCCAGUCGCUACCUUUCCCGGCGACGGAUUCGGGGGCAGCGGAGCAGGCGGACGCCGCAUCUCGAUCGACUCAGAGGGAAUUGUGCUCGGCAGCGAUGGCUCAUUCUGGAUCUCUGACGAGUACGGUCCCUAUGUGUACAAGUUCUCCAAGGAAGGCCGCAUGGUGCAGGCCAUCCAGCCUCCAGCGGCCUUUAUCCCCCGUCGCAAUGGACAGGUCAGCUUCAGCGCUGCCUCCCCCCCGAUCUAUGACGCUGACCGCACGACUAACCCCGAGGAUCCCCAAACCGGCCGCAACAACAACCAGGGCUUCGAGGGCAUGACUGUCUCUCGCGACGGCAAGACGCUGUAUGUCCUGAUCCAGUCUGCCUUGAACAACGACGGCGGGCCCAAGAAGAGAUAUAGAAAGCAGGCCCGUAUGCUGGAGUAUGACAUCUCAGGCAGCACGCCCAAGUAUACCCAUGAAUACGUCGUGACGCUCGCCACGUACGUCGACCCGACCGAGUCAGACCCGUCCAAGGCCACCGUCGCUGCCUCGCAGUCUGAGAUUCACUAUCUGCCCACGGGAGACUUCCUGAUCCUCUCCCGCGACAGCAACGCCGGCCGCGCUGCCGCAAACACGCAGUCCGUCUACCGCCAUGCCGACAUCAUCUCUAAGUCGAACAAGCCCACGGACAUCAAGUCUUCGCAGCACGACAAGGCUGACGGCUCUAUCGCUUCGUCCACGGGCACGCUGGACUCUGGCAUCGUUCCCCUCGCCUACUGCCCGUUCGUCGACUACAACAUCAACUCCGAGCUGGGCAAAUUCAACCUGCACAACGGCGGCGCCCAGGACGAGCACCUCCUGAACGAGAAGUGGGAGAGUCUGGCUCUUGUUCCUGUCGAUCCCACGGCCGAGUUCGAGGACGACGGCAAGAAUGAGUACUUCCUCAUCACCUUUAGCGACAACGACUACAUCACCCAGGACGGUCAUCUCAACUUUGGCAACUUCAAGUAUGCAGACGCCUCGGGCUACAACGUCGACACCCAGGCGCUUGUGUUCCGCACUGCCAGCGAACUCUCCCCUGCCAAUGAACAUAUCCAUCACGGCCGUAGGGUGUACGGCGAGUGGCUCUCAAACUGCAUAGGGCUCGUAGAUACUUCUUCUCUUCUUCUCUGCUUCUUCCCCCCUAUCCCACCGUCCCCUUAUCGUCUCCGUGGCGACGGUGGAGCAGAACUCCACCUCCGUGCUGCUGCUGGCUGCACUAUCGCAAAGUUACAUGCCGGCCCUGGACUGCGAGAGACCAGGCAAGUUGCAGGGGAGAGGAGGACGAGAUACGACCUCUGCCUGUCCGUCUCCCACGCAGACGUCGUAGUUAUCCGGUCUGUCCUCUGUCCUCUGUACAAGACGCAGAAUUGCGAUUCCUGGGCGCGAGGGGGAAGCGCCACAAAGGUCGUAGAGAGUGACUAUCGAAGCCCUCGAGGACGGCGACUAAGAAUAGCAGUUGUCUCGCUUCCGACCGCAUGUGAAGUCUUCUCGUCUUUUAUCUCUGUCUCUCGUCUAGUUGUCUGUCUCGGCAUCUCCUCGCCUGUAUCUCGACAUGGGUGUUUGUUGAGUGAUCACGCUGCGGCCGCUUGCUCCUCCGCCCCCUCUCUUCUCUUCCUCUUCUUCCUCUUCUUCCUCUUCUUCCUCUUCUCUGUCGUCUCCUGGUUCACCCAUCUCGAGAGCGGUCUCGGUGUCGCACCGGCCGUCCUAUCUGUCUCUCCCGGCGCUUCGAAGUACUGCGACCCUCGGCAUGCUCGCUCCAUACCACAGACACCCUCUAUAGCCCACCACAGCCUCUCCUCUCCGGCUGAGCCAGCACAGCCGAUGGUGACAAGGCUCAGGAAGGCGGCCACCAUGGGCGUGGUAGCAAGAUCUCAGGAUCCGGUCACCUUUCCGCCCUUCUACUACGACCACGAUGACGUCGACCUUCCAGGCGGUGCUGUCUCCUCUGCUACCUCGUCCUGCUCGCACGGUAUAACACCGUCCUCUACCCGUCUGGACCCCCUGCCUCAACACAACAAGGCAUACGGCGCACGCAAGCUCACACGCUCCUCCGACCCGUCGUCCUCCAUCUCGUCAAUGGGUAAAAUAUGUAUUCCGCACCGGAAGCGCUCGGGGACCGUCGACCUGUCCGUCUCCCUCAGCGAGACGAACGGACUCGGCAUAUAUAACAGCCUGAGCGCGAGAGACCGCGGGAACGACGACCUGUCCUCUGGCUCCCUGGCCGCUGCCCGCCAUCACCGUUCUACCAGCGGUGCCUCCCAGCUCUCCUUUGGAAGCCUCCCUCGGCCUGGCGGGCAGUAUGUUCAUCCCAUGCGCCAGACACCCCGCCCCUACACCCCUCCACUGGGCCACUCAAACCACGUCUCGGCCGCUGCCAGCACCGUCGACUCGCAGCUCGAGGGCAUACAGCGUGUUACCGAUUUCGACGACCCGGUCCCCACCAGCCAGGAGCUCUUCCCCGGGUCUCCUUCUCCCAGCAUAUACAACGAGCCUCGCACUUCGGUCCAGAUAGAAAGCGAAACAACCACAUACCAUACAAAGGCCCGUGCAUCAUCCCUGGGCCGUGUGUUCAACAACAGCAGCCCCAGCCCCCGUGACACUACCCCGAUCUCUAGAAAUUCUAUAGAAUUCGGGCUGCGUUCUAAAUCCCGUCGUCCCAGUACGGUCGACCCCGCAGCUCGCGCCAUAGCAGUGCAAGCGGCAAGACAGGCCUUUGAAGACAAAGAGGCCGCUAAACUUCGGAAACAGGACGAACAGACGUCCAAGGCGCAUGAUAAAGAGCAGCGCCGGCUUCGUCGUCUAGAACGCGACGACCCUCAUCAUCCUAAUCAUGUCCCGGGUAGACGGUCCGUGUCGGACUUCACCUUACGGCCAUCAAGGCUAAGUGAGAAAGACAGUGGCCGUGGGAAGAAGUCGGCCUCAUCGUAUACCGACGACACCAUUAAGGUCACCUGGAAACCCAAGAGUCCCAAGAGUGCCUGGGUGCUCUUCCUUACCUGGCUACGAACAAAAAUAUUUAAAAUUGGAAGGAAAAUGAAGAAAGUAGGCUAG